AGACCUGCGGAGAAAAGUGGAGAGCGCCGCCUGACGACCGCCUGGCGCCGGGGAGCUGCGGGCACGAGAGAGCGGUUCCCUCUUACCAAGCCCAGGUCCAUAGGAUUGUCUGAACUGGGAAAAAUGGACUGAGACCUGUAUCUUUGCCAAUAUGGAGAAUCUGCAUCUUUGAUAAAAACCAAGAUCUGAGUUUAAAAAAAAAAAAAAAAAAAAAAUUGCUGUCCAUCUUGAGGUGAACACUGUAAACACACAAUAAUACUACUUGACUGCCUAUACUCCAUAGAAGACCUAUUUAUUACUAAGUUCUGCCCAGCUGCAAAUCUGCACACAUUAGAGGCCACAGCAAGCUCCCAGCAUUCCCCUGGCCUGCAGGGACCAUGGGUGACCAGCAGGAGGAGACAGAGGGCCUGUACGUGCACCACCAGUACAUGUGUAGUGAAUGCCACCAGCUUUUCAACACCCUGGAGGAGGUGCUGGUGCACCAGCAGAGUCACAUUGGCCCCGAGGGGGAGGAUGGGGAAGCCGACGUGGGCCUGGCAGAUGGCAGCGACCCCCAGCAGGGCCCCCCAGAGCAGGGCGAGAGCCAAUACCAGUGCCUGGAGUGUGGUACGCUGCUGAGGAGUCCCGAGGAGCUGCUUCUGCACCAGGAGCUGCACAUGAGAGAGGGGGCUGUGGAGAUGGGCCAGGGUGAGCUCGCAGAAUUAUGCGAGGUGGUGGACACAAGUCAGCCCGUUGCAGAUGCGUCUCUGGUGUCUGGGCAGAUACGGUACCAAUGUCUGGAGUGCCUGGCUCUGUUCGACACCCCGGAAGUGUGGCUCGCACACAGGCAGACGCACAACAAGAGCGGGACACACAACGCCCUCUCGGACACCGAGUUUGUGUUGCAGGAAGAUGGCUCUGUUACCCCUCUGGUCAACGUGCAGAACCUGGUACUAAGUGAGCAGCAGACUGGGGAAAUCCUCACGUUGGCUCAGGUUCUGGCAGCCCAGCAGCAGCAGGUUUCCCCGUUGCCGCAGGCUCCCCCACGAGCCACUUUCCUCCCCGCGCUCUCCCCCCUUCCAGCAUCCGCCACUCUUCGACUGCAGAUCUGCACGGCCCAGGCCCUGGCCGACGGGUCCGCGGGGCCCACGGUGCGCAGGGGCAAGCUGCUGCCUCCGCUCCUGCCCAGCUGUUCCCCGCUGGACGCCAGCAGUGUGGGGAAAAUUCAUGCUGUGGAAGUGGGGCUGUCAGAGAGUGUGGAGUCCCAGCCGGGGAAGGAGAGCGAGGAGGGCCAGGUGGUCAUUAUUCACCCUUACGAGUGCUCCGAAUGUGCCCUGCUGUUCCAGACCCCUGAGGACUUCCUGCAGCACCAGGGGGAGCACUUCCUCGGCCAGGACAAGGAGAGCGGGGAGGAGGGGGUGAUGGAGGGGGAGGGGGACGGAGAGGAUGCGGAGGAAUUGGACGAUGGCUUUCAGCCCAUGGCGCCAGAGGAGAACGGAAGGGUGGUGGAGGACAGACUCAAGGUGUCCGUUGUCUCCCAGCACCGAGUGCAGGGUUCUUCCCUCAUGGGCAGACCGCGCUCAGGUGCUGCCGUGACUCCGCCCAUCUCGCUACAGUGCGGCGAGUGCCAGCGCACCUUCACCUCCGCCAACCGGCUGGCGGCCCACCGGCGCGUUCACGAGCACGGCACCCACGAGUGCCCCGAAUGCGACAAAGUGUUCAAGAAGCCUGCAUCACUGCAGACACACAUGCGCACGCACUCGGGGGAGGCCAGGUACCUGUGUGUGGACUGUGGCCAUGGAUUCACCACAGAGAUGACCCUCAUCAUUCACAGAAAGUCGCACACAGCGGAGCCCCUUCACCGCUGUCAGUUCUGUGCCAAGACCUUCACCAACAUGACCAAGUUCCUAUACCAUCGCCGCACCCAUACUGCGCGCACACCCCCCGCCCCUAUCACCAUGCAGAUGCCGACGACCCCGAGGCGCCUGCCGCUCUCCCACCUCAGCAUUCUUCAGAAGGCGAGGGAGCAAGAGGAGGCUGCAGCCGUGUUCACUCCUCUGGCCAAGAUGAAAGCAGAAGCACACGCUACCUUCUGCGAGACCAACACCAGUAUUGGCACCGCGGCCGUGGCGGCAGCUGAAGAGAACGGACUGGACUUGGAGCGCAACACGAAGCAGGUGCAGGCGAGAGAAGAAGGCGAGACCUCUCAUUCCACCAACGGCUGCAUUGCUGGCUCCUCUGCACCUCCAGACCUCAUAGUCACAACUGAGAAAAUGGAGCUCAGCGUCCAUCCUGCACUUGCUACCUCCGAACAGUUAGCAAUGCCGUAUAAGCCCCCUUCGGGCUCGGAGUUCCCCUGCCCGUCCUGCAGCAAGACAUUUCCCUCGCAGCUGCGCCUGGUGCGACACAGGCGCACCGUCCACGUGGCAGAGCGACGCUUCAAGUGCGGCGUGUGCGGCAAGUCGUUCAAGAAGCAGAUCCACGUGCGCAACCACCUGCGCACGCACACCGGCGAGCGUCCCUUCCAGUGCAGCGACUGCGGCAAGACCUUCUCGUCGCUGGCCAACCUGUCGCGACACGGCCUCACUCAUUCUGGCCUGCGGCCGUACCGCUGCGACGUCUGUCUCAAGGCCUUCACCCAAUCCUCGAACCUGCGGCAGCAUCGCCUUCUGCACAUCAACCCGGCCCCUUGCCCCUGCCCAGACUGCCCCGCCACCUUCCUCCGGCCUGCCAAGCUGGCUGCGCACCGUUAUACUCAACACCCGGGCUCUCCUGCCCCCUACCCCUGCCCGCACUGCCCUUUGGGCUUUCUUCGUAAGAGGCAGCGGGACCGCCACUGCCUAGAGGUGCAUCCCCAGUUGGGCCACGCUGACGCCAGCACCGAACCGUUCGCCUUAGCUCCCGGCCGGAUCCUGGACGACACGGAAGCUGUGAAGCCGAGCUCCGAGGUGACGGUGUCAGCCGAAGAAGACCAGACUUGUGCUCAGGAUGCCCUCUCGAGGCCGCUGGACAGCGCUGCCUUGGUGACACGCGGAGGCCUUGACUGCUCCCAGUGCGGGAAGCGUCUCAACUCGGCGGCCAACCUCCGGCUGCACCAGUUAAGCCACGCCCCCACGGCUGCCGGACGACGCCGUGCCACCCCGUGCGCCGCCCGAGGGAAGGGCCACCAGUGCCCCGUGUGCGGGAAACUCUUUGUGUCGUCCAGCGGCGUGGCUCUGCACCAGCGGGUCCACACGGGCGAACGGCCCUUCCCCUGCACACAGUGCGGCAAGCGAUUCCGCCAGAAUACCCACCUGCGCGAGCAUUUGCGCACGCACUCCGGCGAGCGGCCUUUCCGCUGCGAGCUCUGCGACAAGAGCUUUGUGCAGAGCAUGCACCUGGCGGAGCACCGGCGUACCCACACCGGAGAGCGGCCGCAUGUCUGCCUCAUCUGCGGCAAGGCCUUCAGGACUUUCUCCAACUUGCGGAACCACCGCAAGACCCACGCCCGCUCUGUGCCGGAGGGCGAGGCACAGCCAGCGGCCCCAGACGUUGAGACGGUGGCGGUGGUGGACGCUUCCGCCGUGGAUCUUGCGACUGCAGUACCUGCUGUCUGCCAACAGCGGGAGCCUCAGGUGAUCCAGAUCCAGACUCAAGAGUUACCACAGUCGCAAAGCAACCCCACCAUCAUGUGCAACGAGUUUGGGGAAACGAUCGCCAUCAUCGAGAGCAGCGAAGGGGGGGCAGUUCCCCUGGCAGAGGCCAUUGAGAUCUACCACACUGCUCUGGAAAACACCCUUGGCAUGGACUCCAUUGCAGUGGACAGCUUGCAGCUGCUCUGAAGAACCGACAGCGAGAGGGCUUAUCAUGUGCUGUGUGAGUGUGGUUACACUCGCAUGAGAUGUGGACAGAGUGAAAGUAGUGCAGCAAAAGAAGACUGGUACAGGAAGAAGACACCAACCAUCUAGCCAACCGUAACGAAUGACUGCGCAUCAUCGUAGAGCAUCACCGGAACAACACAUCCGACACUGGUACUUACUGAGCCUUCACACUCACGCCGUAGGGAGAGAUGAAGCAGAGGUGACGGACAGGCCGACCCACAGUUCCCAUGACAACAGCCUUCCCCGUUUAGCUUUACGUUGAGAUUGUUCUUUAUAGAUGUUUUUGUAAAUGUGAUUUUUACAUUCUUUCAUUUGCUAACAGAUGAAGUCUCACUGUAAAUAAACAUGACCGA